AUGGAUAGGUACUUGAUGUGCUUGCUUCCCAUGUUCUUCCUCCAAGGCUCCAUGUGUGAGCACUGGUGCAUGUGUGUGCAUGUCACUGUGAUGGAGAAUGAUGUUUUCUGUUCUGUAAUUGCCUGCAGGUGUAACGGGCCCACUAGUCAUGACUGCAUUUACCACCCAUGGAUGGGCCAUUCCACUUUACCACAACAUGCUAGAACUCCCUUGAUUGCAGCAGGAGUCAUCGGUGGGCUCUUCAUUCUGGUCAUUGUGGGUCUAACAUUUGCAGUCUAUGUUAGAAGGAAGAGCAUUAAGAAGAAAAGAGCUUUGAGAAGAUUCUUGGAAACAGAGUUGGUAGAACCCUUAACUCCCAGUGGCACAGCACCCAAUCAAGCUCAACUUCGUAUUUUGAAAGAAACUGAACUCAAGAGGGUAAAAGUCCUUGGCUCAGGUGCUUUUGGAACUGUUUAUAAAGGUAUUUGGGUACCUGAAGGAGAAACAGUGAAGAUUCCUGUGGCUAUUAAGAUUCUCAAUGAAACAACUGGUCCUAAAGCCAAUGUGGAAUUCAUGGAU